AUGCAGUCGGCUCAGGUGUAUGUGUGUUUGCAGGGGCUCCAGAUUGGUACAAGUGAGCUGGAGGAAAUGGGUGCUCAGUUUUGUUUGGCUCUGCUCAGGCUAAGACGCUUCACGUCCCCCUUAGAGCUCCACAACCACAACUCCCAUCUGCUGGACACGGAGAACGACCUGAUAGACACCCGCAGCAUCCCCAACAUCACCAGUCCCACCACAUACGUGUUGGAAGAGGAUGAGCCAGCGUUCCUGGAGGAAGUCGACUACAGCGCAGAAAGCAAUGACGAGAAUGAUCCCGAUCUUGAACCCGAUCUCCAGGAUAACCAUGCCCUCCCGGACCCCAAUUCUGACUCAGAGUUCAGCUGCCAAGACUCACUUAACUGAAACUGAACCAGGCUCACUUUAGUGUAAGGCUUCAGCUGAUCUCACCAGGUGAACUACGUACAUAACCUGUGUUUGCCUAAUUGCCUACUUUAUAGAAACUCGUUUGUUCACCAAAUUGACCUAAAUUAGAAGAACCUAACUUCAAGAUCGGCUUUCUAACAACAAACAUAACAUAAUAAUGCAGAAGAUCCUUUGUGGACCAUAAUGCUUAUAGAUGCUUUACGAGUUACAGCAUUAUUAGUAAUGUCAGAAAUCAGUCUGGAACAUGUCAUUAUUAAAACAGAGGAAACGUUAUGUCAUUAUUUACUCAUCCUCAUGUCGUCCCAAACAUGUUUAACUCUCAAAAUUCUGUGGAACACAAAAGUAGAUGUUAUGAAGUAUGUUCAAACGUAUAAUGAAAACUUAGUUUUUAAGGGAUAGUUCACCCAAGAGGGAAAAUUUGCUGUUAAUUUCUCAGCCUGAGGUCAUUCAAGAUGUAGGUGACUUUUUU